CUUGUUAUGACUGAGCUGGUUUGGUUUUUGAAUAAAAUUGUUUUCGACAAACCUUUCUUACGAAAAUGGUGUCGUGCUUGGUACAAGUUGCUUUAACAUCGGUUGCCUGAAAGGAAACAGUGUUGUUAAUAUGUGGAAUAGUGAUUUGCGAGGUUAUCAUAAUUCAUCUAUUUUAUCUGGAGGUGCCGUGUUCGUAGUUUAUUCGUAUUAUGAUUGUCAUUAAGGUUCGCCCAUCGUCCGAGGAAGGGGGCUUUAGAGAACAAUAAGAGAGUGACCAGUGAAUUGCCACAUAGUGGACAAUAGGAUAACAUCGGACAGACAAUGACCAAGAACAGGGUUAUGGAAGUGCAUAAGGCCGCAAAGUCUGGGAAUCUGAGUGAAAUCGGUCGCAUAUUGAAAGAAGACGGAGAUAGUGGUAAAGAUAGGCUGAACGAAGCUGAUAAGAAAGACCGUACACCUCUACACCACGCCUCUCAGGCUGGUCAUCUCAACGUGGUCAAAUAUCUGAUUGAAAAUGGCGCAGAUAUCAAUGCUGAGGGUGAUAACAAACGCUUGGCCAUUCACUUUGCCGCCAUGACCAAACCUGGAAAAUCAAGUCGAAGAGAGGAAUCAAGUGUGAUUCUGUAUCUUCUUACCCAAGAUGUGGACGUGAAUGCCCGCGACGCUUUCGGCCUGACUCCUCUCCACAUCGCCGCUAUGAGGGGAAAUAAACCGGCCGUGUUUAAUCUUCUCUCGGUUGAUAACAUCAAUAUAAAUGAGAAGGAUAAACACGACAUGACGCCCCUCCAUGUAGCCUGUCUCCAUGGUAACGAUGACAUUGUUGCUAUGUUGGUAGGGGUGGGAGCAGAGAUCCAGAGCCAGGACUCGACCUUCUCUUCCCCUCUCCACGCGGCCUGUCAAGGGGGUCAUAAGAAGAUUGUUCAAAGACUCCUUGAUGUUUGUAAGAAAAAAGGCAUUCUCCAUACUAUGUUGACAUCGUCUGAUUCUCAGAAUUACACCCCUCUUCAUUUGGUGGUCGAGGGAGGAUUCUGCGACAUCGUAGAUCUCAUACUCGCUUUCGGAACCGAUAAUGAUAGUCAGCUGGAUCUGCUGAACUUAGAAGGGUCCAACCUGGACACGCCCCUCCACACAGCCUGUGCAGGGGGUCACCUCCACAUCACAAAGCUAUUGGUCGAGAGAGGCGCACUGGUAGAAAGCCUCAACUGGGACAUGGCCACGCCCCUCCAUCACGCAUGCGCAAACAAUCACUCCGAGGUGGUGAAGUACCUCAUUGAAAAAGGAGCCGAUACGUCUGUACGGGACGAGCUCCAUUUCACCCCGCUCCUUACGGCAGCUGAUGGGGGUAAUAUUGAAACGCUCCGUGUUCUCCUGGAGGAGGGGGCGGAGACAGGAAACCUUGGAGAGCUGGAGCUCUUCCAUUGGACAGUGACGGAGAAUAAACCAGAUGUACUUAAGCUUCUGUUAGCUCAUCGCUCGGGGGUACAUGUUAUAGUAACAGAUGACGAGAUAGCUAAACUCAUUCUACCAGCCGCUACAAGUGGAUGUACAGGGAUUGUUUCUGAGCUCAUUCGAUGGAAGAAGGAAACGAUAAAUAGAAAAGAUGAAUUAAAUAACACACCCUUACACCUUGCCGCUGCAUCAGGAUACGAUAUGACCGUCCAAGAAAUUGUCAAAGCUAAAGGAAACGUUCAAGCCAGAAACUCGCAUGGUCAGAUGCCUCUUCACUUAGCUGCAUCAAACGGAUGGAGUCGGACAGCAGAGGUGUUAUUAAAGGCUAAGAGUACUGUAGAUCCAGUUGAUGGAAAGGGGAACACACCUCUCCAUCUCGCCGCCAUUAAUGGCCAACUCAAGAUCAUGAAGUUACUCUUUUCACGUGAUGCUGACGUCACAUUCAAAGACUGGGAGAGCAUGAACUGUUUGGACCAUGCCAUCAAGCAUGGUCAUGAAGCUGUGGCGAUGCUGAUUUUGAACCAUGAUCGGUGGUGGAAAGUUUUAUGUUCCUCAAGAACAGAAGAAUCCACAACGCCAAUGAGAGAACUUAUAAGGAAAAUGCCAGGUGUUGCGGAGAAAGUACUUGAUAAAUGCGUAACCGUGGUCAAGGACCAGCGCGCAUCUGGCUAUGAGGAGAUCGAAUUCAACUACGAACUCAUCGACGAUGCGUUUGCAGAAUGGAUGCAUCAACCAAUUGCACAAUCUGAUUCACCGAGCCCCAUCCAGAACAAACCUAAACCCUUCUCAAACGACGGUGUUCUCAGUCACGGUGCUGUGCCGUACACCAAACACUCAAACACCUUGACAGACAAUCAUCCAUUACUUAUCAUGGUAUCUUCCCAGCGGGAGAAGCUGCUUGCCCAUCCCCUGGUCUCCAGUCUCCUUGACCAUAAAUGGAGGACGGUUGGUAGGAAGCUUUACUCCGUCUCGCUCGCUCUUUACAUGCUCUUUCUCACCGCUCUCACGGGUUACAUUGUCGUCACGCCUCCCAGAUACUACAUCAAGAACGCCACAGUGACGGAGAAUGGCGAGAGUUAUGUGGAAUGGUACGUGGAUGGAGAACAACAGUGGACCCGCGGAUUUAGUCAAUUGACUCUGUUUCUCUUCGGUGAGAUCGGGCCAUGGAUUAUCCUAGGAUUAUCAGGGAUUAAUCUCCUCAGAGAAUUAUGCCAGGUUGUUUGGCAGCGACAGUCAUAUCUAAACUGGGGUAACUUCUUGGAGGUAUCACUUUACAUUCUUGCUAUUCUUCUUGUUCUACCUGUGAGUGGGGUCAACUACAACCAUACCAUCAUGAUCAGAGAGGCAUGGCAAUGGCAAUGUGGAGCCGUUGCCAUCUUCGUAGCAUGGCUCAACUUUAUUCUAUUCAUUAGAAGAUUCUCAACGAUAGGGAUCUACGUCAUCAUGUUUACAUACAUAUUGCGGACAUUUCUGAAGAUCGUCAUCCUACUUGUUUUGUUUCUCGUUGCUUUCGCACUGGGUUUCUAUUCUCUACUUAUGAAUCAGAAUAGUUUUCAUCAGCUGGAGUACUGCAUAAUGAAAGUCUUCACAAUGCUGCUCGGCGAGUUUAACUACGAUGAUAUAUUCCACAGUCAAGAUUACCUCGGUACAGCGAACACAUUGGAAGGAGAUGGAGAAAAGGAUUUCUUUCUAACCAGUGUGUUUCAUCCCGAACUGACGGCGAUCAUGUUCACUGUUAUGUUGGUCGUCAUGCCUAUAUUGUUUGGGAAUCUGUUGGUUGGUCUAGCGGUGGAAGACAUUCAUGGUAUAAGGAUGAAGGCGACCCUUCAUCAGCUAGCUAUGCAGGUGGACCUGGCAAUGGAAGUACAACGGACUCUACCGCUCUUCAUGUGGCGUUCUGCCAUAGUGAGCAAGAAGAUGAUCAGUACCAAACCAAGCCGAUUUCAAGGUGUUAUGGGUUACAUCCGACAGUUGAACGGAGAAAGCGAUUUCCUGGAAAAGGCCACGCCCAUUGCCAAAAAGCCUGACAAGGAUGUGAGCAUUGAUUCCAACCUCGCGACCAUGGACAACAUGAACGACCUCCGACAUCGCCUUCGCCUCCUCGAAAAAUCCAUCCUGGAACUCAAGCGAGGUGGGUCCCGCCGUUACACCACCUCCCGACGGAACUCCUACAGGAGAGUGACGACACGGAGACGUACCGUCCGCCCCCAGCAUGGAGCCACAAGUCCCACUGGCUCCUGCACGCCCCGACACGACGGGGAGGGAUUGAAACCGGGAGCCGGUGGGGAGCAGGAGCUCCUGGAUGUGGAGUUCGCGAAGAUGGAGGAGCAACAGAUCAAGUUGAAAGGCCAGCUGGAUAAGAUGGAGAGGAUGCUGAAGACUCUGGUGACGCCGGAGCAGCUGGCGGCCGAGUACGACGAUGACGACGAUGAUUAGGAGAAACAGACAUAAAUCAAACCCUUUUCAACAAUGAAUGGCAUUCUGACACCCCUGUAAACUGGAGAAUACUUACAAUUAAUUAAAGGGAUGUUCCAGGCUGGAGAUAUUUAUAUCUCAAUAAAUAGAGUAAGAUUAAUUCACAGAGCAAAAUGCUGGAAAUUUGAU